GAAGACAAGGAUUCGAAAAAAACAUGAACAUCGAUUUUGUGAAAUUGUGUGGCAAACAUACGCCGAUCUAUGAGGCCUACUACAAACAGAUGGAUCCCAAGGGAACUGGGACCAUUGAGGCAAUGGCUGCUGCCAAAUUCCUGAAAAAGUCUGGUCUCAGCGAUGUGGUGCUAAGCCGAGUCUGGGAUCUCUCAGAUCCCAAUGGUAAGGGCUAUUUGGAUAAGCCAGGUUUCUUUGUGGCCUUAAAAUUGGUAUCAUUGGCUCAGGCUGGUCAUGUCUACAACAUGAAUAACAUUUACAUGGACACGGAGAAACCACCAAAAGUGGGUGAUUUGCCAAAGAUAAUGCCACCACGUGUACCACCAUCUCCCGUGGUAACGGCUGGUGCUGUUCCCGCGGCUGUACCCACUGGUGAUUGGACGAUUCGUGUCAUUGAUCGUCUCAAAUAUGAACAACUUUUCGAAUCAUUAAAACCGGUUGGUGGAAUGUUACCGGGCAAUAAAGUCAAAGGUGUAUUAUUGGAUUCUAAACUUCCUAUGGAAACUUUAGGAAAAAUUUGGGAUUUAGCCGAUCAAGAUAAGGACGGCAAUUUGGAUAAACAUGAAUUUAUCGUGGCCAUGCACUUAGUUUAUAAGACACUGGAAAAGCGUACGGUACCGGAUGUAUUGCCACCAGAAUUACGUAAACCAGGUGUGCCACCACCAAAACCAGCACCACCUGUUAUAGCUGGUGGACCGGGAAUGCCACGUGCACCAUCGAAUGAUGGAUUUGGUGAUGGUGGUUUUGUUGCAAACUUUCCCAAAGAUAUUGCACCACCACCGGCCAUACCCAUACCACCAGCCAUACAGCGUGUUCCACCCGUUGGCGGCCCAGCAACAGUUGGACCGUUAAUAUCGACAGAUCCAUUAAUACCCAUCGGUGCUCCACCAUCGGUUACUGCCAAUGCUGAUUGGGUUGUCGGCGCCGAGGAAUUUAAGCGUUUCGAAGUCAUGUUUAGGGAGGCUGAUCGCGAUAAAGAUGGCUUAGUAUCUGGCUUGGAAGUAAAGAAUGUCUUCUUGCAAUCGGGAGUGCCACAAAAGAUGUUGGCCCAUAUAUGGGCUCUUUGCGAUACCAAUCAAUCGGGUAAAUUAACAUUGGAGCAGUUUGCUUUGGCCAUGUGGAUGGUAGAACGCAAACAGAAAGGUAUUGAUCCACCUCAAGUAUUGACUGCCAAUAUGGUACCACCAUCGAUGCGAGGUAUUGUGUCCGGUGUCGAUAUACAGCCACAGGAACCAAAGCCUACAUAUACCAAUCCAGAACUGGAAAUGAUUUCAAAAGAAAUUGAAGAAUUGGCGAAAGAACGAAGAGCUUUGGAAACUGAAAUUGCUCAAAAGGAAGCUGAUAUACGCAUCAAGAAUGGUGAAGUUAGAAGCUUACAGAGUGAAUUAGAUACACUUUCGGCCACAUUAAAACAAUUGGAAAAUCAACGUGGUGAAGCCCAAAAACGUUUGGAUGAUCUUAAAGCUCAGGUUAAUAAGAUUCGUGAGCAGUGUCAGAAGCAGGAAGAAACUAUCAACGAACAGGAAGGCGAGUUAAAUGCCAAACGUUCAGAGUUACAAAAACUCAAAGAUGAGGAGAACUCAUUGCAAAAAGAAUACGAUGAAAAUAAUCGUGAACUACAAAAGCUUACCAAUCAUUUGCAGAAUACACAAUUACAAAUUAGUUCGAUACGUUCCAUGGUAACACAACUAAUGGAAACCCAACGUCAAAUGACUGAUGCUUUGCUUAUGUGUCGUGCUGCCAUCGAUUCUGAAAAUGCUGAACUAGUUUCGGAAUAUCAAUUGAAAAUUGAACCUGACUUUAGUGAGGCACGCAUUCAAUUGGAAAAAGAAAUUGAAAUACCAAAAGAUGAUCCAUUUAAUGAUACAAACAGCACCACCACAGCAAUGAAUAAUAAAAAUAAUGGCUUUACCAGUAAUGGCUUUGAUAGCGAUCCCUUUACCAGCAACACAACAACUGCAGCACCGGCGAAAGGUGGUUUUGAUGAUAGUUUUAAUACAGGUUUUGAUGCCAAUUUCGAUGCUUUUGCCAGUACCAAUACUAGCGGAUUUGGUGGGGAUGCAUUUGGCGGUAGUGCUUUUGCGAAUAAACCAGCAGAGCCCGCGAAGGAUACCUUUAACAACGAUCCAUUUGCUGCACUACACGCCCCAACGGGUCAGGGUCAAGUAUUAAGCCCAAAUACGCAGACACAAACACAAAAUCUAACCACUGCAAAAUCAGGACCUCCGCCAAGACCAGAAUCGCCUAGUCCAGCAUUACCUCCGAAGAAAUCAAAGGUGCCCCCACCAAGACCAGCUCCACCCAGACCAAUGCAGGCUCCUAAUCGUCCAGCUCAACCAGAAGGCUUUGGCUCCACCACAGGAUCAGGAGGUUUUGCUGAUUUUGCCGAUUUCGAUACUAAGGCACCCAUAAUACCACCACCCCUGCCAACGAUACCCUAUAAAUCAGCCAUAAAUUCCUCAAAGACAAAAACAUCCAACAUCUCAUCAUCGCCAUCGUCCACAUCAAAUCUAUCGUUAUUUGAAAAUUUCACACUAACUCCACCAGUCACAACGAACAGCAUUAGCUCGCUUGCUGCUGCCACCAUUUCGACAACCACUUCAAACAACAACAAUAUUUCAUCAAGUUCAUCGACAACUAUAGGCUCGAAUAUCUCCUCCAGUAGUACAACGAAACAAUUGGAUGACUCAUUUUCUGAUUUAUUUAAAAAUGUCAAUACCACUACAACCAGCACGAACAUCACAUCAUCCAUUGACACGGAUACGAACACGAACAUUUCAACAUUAUCAUCAUCAUCCACAUCAUUUGAUGUCACAAAUAGCAAUAAUCCAUUAACACGUUCCCGUUCCAAUACACCAAAGCAGCUGGCUGCAAAUACAACGGUGACUAUGGUAGCAGCAACAAGUCUAUUUGAUGCCUUUUCGGCGCCGGCAACGACAUCAACAACGGCAGGAACAAAGGUUGUGGAUCCCUUUAGUACCAUAAAGUCUACAUCUUCAGUAAUAAGUGGACCCACCGACUUUAAUGAUGAUCCAUUUAAGGAUUAUCGUUACGAGGAUCCAUUUAAUAUUAAGGAUCCAUUUGCCGACGAUGAAGAUGAGUUUUCAACGGAUCCUGAAAAAGUAUUUAAGGAUGAUAUAAGUUCAGAUGGUAAAUAUGAAGCGAAUUUCAAUGAUAAACAUAAAACGAACACUAACAAUACCACACAAGAUUCCAUGCAAACCAUAUCAACAUCAACCUCCAAUAUUUAUAGCACGGCCAAAUCGAAUUCGACCGUUAGCAGUGAUUUCCUCAACCAAUUCGAAUCUUUCAAUCUGAAUAACAAUCCAAGUCCAGUGCCAUCACAUCAUUCAAGUUCAUCAAGUGCUUUUACCGGCAUGGGUGCCAUGGAUGGCAUCAAUAACAACAAUAACAAAUCGAAAAGUAAUACACCCUUACCAACCACCACCACCACCACCACCAGCAACACAACAACAUCGAAUUCAUCAAAUCUAUUUGAUAAUUUUGCCGAUUUUGAUGCAUUCUCCACGAAAUCAUCUACCUCAACAAUGGAAUCGAACAAAAAGACAACGACGACUAAGAUUAGUAAAGCCGAUCCAUUUCUAGAUGCUUUUAAUGAUAACUUUGAUACGCAUUCGAACAAAAGUUACGACUCAAUUAGUAAUCCCAAGAAAACGACUGGAAAAUCGAUGACAUCUUUGGAUGCAUUUGAUGAUGCUUUUUCGGUACCGGAUACAGCCAAUAAAUCACGCCAAUCACCAUUUGAUGCAUUUGGUGGUGGCAGUGUUGGUUUUGGAGGAGCCGGCGAACAAAUAACAGCCACGGCAAUGUUUGAUGCCUUUAACGAUAAUAAUUUUGAAGAUGAUUUCUUUAAAAAUUCCAAUACCACAGUCAAAGAAACAAAUCUAAACAAAGGCAAAUUACAAAACAAAUCCCCAAUAUCAUUCAACAGCAACAACAACGAUACUAACAUUGACAAUUUUGCAAAAUUUGAUGCUUUUUCCAAUGACAAUUUUAAUAAUACCACCCCAUCAGACAUCACAAAUUUGAACAAUAAUAAACAAAAAUACUCAUUGCCAUCAUCAGCUGCAACAACAGCCACUACAGCAUCAUCAUUAGGUUUAGCUGCAAUACCAAGAACUGAAAAUCUAUUAAAAGUACAAAAUCAAACUUUACUCACAGCUGUGUCGAACACAGACAAAGCAGCAGCCGCUGCUGCGGCGGGUAACAACACCUCUGCCCUAAAUGAAAAUGGUGCUAAAUUACCAGAGAAAUUCACAGCAGAUUAUUCUAAACCGGAAACAUUUGAUGAUGAUCUACAGGAGGCCAUUAAACGUAGCAUGAUUGAACAGUAA